UACAAGUGAAGGAAGGUGUGUCAAAGAUUCAUUCAGCAGCGCAAUGUGGGGGAUGGCGCGCAUCGAUGAGUGGAAACCGGUGAUGGCAAUGCUGGUCUUCGACCUCAUCUCUGCCGUGACAACGGCCCUGAUCAAGGCGGCGCUUGAAGACGGACUCGACCGUUUGGUGCUCAUCACGCUGCGUCAACUGGUGGCCACGGUCUUCCUUUCUCCGAUCGCAUUUUUCAAAGAACGGAACACACGGCCUAAGCUCACACUGGAGAUCCUCGUGUACCUCUUCUUCAGCGCAGCAUUAGGCGCCGCGCUCUCUCAGUAUACCUUCUUCUACGGCCUGCAGUACACAACAGCAACGUUUGCAAUAACUUUCACCAACCUGGCUCCGGUGCUGACUUUCCUCAUCGCGGUCUUGCUCAGGGUGGAGUCACUGAACAUGAAGAACAAGGCAGGAGCUGCGAAGAUCGUCGGGACGCUCAUGUCGUUCGCGGGGGUCAUGCUCCUGACCCUCUACAAGGGUGUGGCCUUGACACACCAAGCAGAGCCUUCAGGCCAGCAUGCAGAAGCAGCAGCAGCUGCAGAAUCUGGCAAGAAGAGCUGGACCCUGGGCACCCUAGCAUUACUGGCAAACUGCCUGUGCUUCUCCUUUUGGCUCCUGCUGCAGUCCAAGCUCACCAAGAAGUACCCAGCACUCUACUCCAGCACUGCAUACAUGUUCCUCAUCAGCUCCCUGCAGGGCGGGGGCCUGACGGCGGCGAUACAGCGGCGGGCAUCCGUGUGGGUCCUCACAAAGCCAGUGGAGAUUGUCACAGUACUAUACACAGGCAUUUUGGGGUCUGGAGUGGGAUAUGUACUGAUGACAUGGUGUGUGGAGAAGAGAGGGCCAGUGUUCACUUCAGCCUUCAUUCCUAUCAUCCAGAUCAUGGUUGCCAUAAUUGAUUUCUUCUUUCUCCAUGAGAACAUCUACCUUGGAAGUGUGCUGGGAUCCAUACUGAUGAUCAUGGGCCUCUAUAUUCUGCUGUGGGGAAAGAGCAGGGAUGCCUCGGCGACAGUACCACUUGCCAAAGAGGAAGAGGAUAAGGAGAAGCAAAUCAAAUCAUGAGACCAAAGCUAUGCAAUUCUUAGGUUGUAAAACUAUGGCAUAUAUUCCUCCUCAGUUUCCCACACCUACGUAGUUUAACCAAGAGGAAUGGCAUACAGUACUGUUAGUAAUGCAGUUGUCAUACGCGUUUUCGCUCGCACAACGAGACGGUACGCCGGGCUAAUUUCUGCCUAAAUGUAGCCCAAAUUCUUCAGGUGAUAAAGAGCGGCGGGCAUAGGUUGCCCAUAUCUCAGAACGUUAGGAGGUCACAUCUGUCACACUGAGCAUGAAAAGAAAUAAAAGAGAAGAAAAGAAAAGAAAAUAUUCUCCACACGAUUUUUGUACGAC